AUGACUUACCUUCUGGGAUUCGUAAUCAUGUUUUAUGUUCCAGGGUACUAUGACGAGGCAAAUGUGGGUUCUCUGGGUAUCGAUCUAAACAUUGAUCUUGGACAGGUGAAUAGUGUUGAGCCCACCGUUCCAUAUUCAGGUAUAUCUACAUCCGAUGAUACCCUCCUCAAACAUGGGGAAAGAGAAUCUUCUGUUCUUGCUGCAGGUUCCUCGGGACCCGACGCUGGAUUAUUAGCCGAUAUGUUGGCUGAGCAGGCCACCAGAAGAACCGUGGGACCACCCUUUGAGAGUGAUUCAUUCACAGCGCCAGUCAUUGGGAUUAACCCAAUAUCGAUUCCCGGCAUAUCUAGCUUACCUCGGAGUGACGGACUUGCAGGACCAGCCAUUAGGACUGAUACCUUUAUGACUCCUGGUAUCCCUCUUGCAUCUGAGGACGAUGGACUUACAGGACCAGCCGUUGUGCCUGAUGCCACUACAGUUUCUGGGACUGAUAGUUUGCCUGAGAGCGGUGUCUUUCCGCCACAGCCGAGAGGUAUGAUCGAUUUGCCUACAGGGGUUGAUAUAUCCUCCAUGACUACUCCUGCAGUUACUUCGGAACCUGUCGGAUCUCAGCCCGAGGGGACCUCCGUUGGCAUUGGAUCUCGAUCAUCUCUAUAUGAGCAUGUUCACGCCCUCCUGGCCGAUACCGAUCCAGACAGAGACAUUUUCCGUACAGACCUCGGCUUUUUUACCGCCUUUUUUAACGGCAUGAUCGAGAAACUGCUUCAUCGAGGAUAUUGUUUUGAUCAGUUCAGGCGUUCCUUUUCUCGUCACAUGAUGAUGUUUAGAGAAGAAGGGUAUCCAGAGUUGGCCGAUUCCUUCACCGCCGAUCUUGCUGUUCUGGAGUCGGAGAUCCGAGAGUUGAAGGAGCUGAAGGCCAGUGGGGUUUCUUCCUUCGUGUCCUCUCAGAUGGAGCAUAGGCUGACACAGUGGCGCGACCUGAGAUCUUCCAUCGGCAGCGAGCUUCAGUCACAUGAGCGUUCAGUUGCGCAGCUGAUGGCUACCGUGGCGAGGAGGGAUACAGAUAGGGCCGAGCUACUCCGCUCUAUGGAUUCCGGGCGCGAGGAAGUGGCUAGGUUGAAGGAGGCUUUGAAGCGCGCCGAGGAGUCCCUUACUGUCAUUGCAGAAGACCUGUCUGGAGUAGAGUAUUCUCGUGGAAGGCUCUCGAGAAGCUAGGAUCUACACAGGAGAGACUGAUGAAGCUGAAGGAUGAAGCCGCGAAGAUCUUAAGCAGUUCCGAAGCCUCUGUCCGAGCUAAUCUGCAGGCAGAACUUGAGCAGAGCUAUGUAGACAGGCUUUCUAGUUUAGAGUCACAUGUUCUUAGCCGUCAGUUGCCUUCGGGCUAACGAGCUUUUUAUUAUAUGCUUUUGACUUGAUCUAUUACUAGAGACUCCGCAUUUGCUUCUUUCAUGAUAUUUCUUUAUUUACUUUGAACCCAGCAAUGAUAAAAUUUAUAGGAUUUUUGGCAAACCCCCAGCCAUCAACGGGUUUGA